CAAACCUGGAGACGAUCGGGCGAAAUGCUGCGUUGAUUACCAUGUUUAUUACGUUUUCUGUAUAAAUAACCUGCAUUAUCUUAUCGGAAUACACAUUUUCCACCAGGGUAACAAUGAGUCAACGACAGAUAAUUCAAGUUUUUGAGCAGUAUCAGAAGUCAAGGAUGCAGUUUGUGCAAACGGUUGCUGAUCUUGCAGCCAGACCACAAAACAUAGAAAUCCUUCAAAAUGCUGGUGUGAUGUCCAUGCUGAGGCCCCUUAUGUUGGACGUGGUGCCCAGCAUCCAGCAGACAGCCGCUCUGGCUCUGGGCCGCCUGGCUGACCACAGUGAUGACCUGGCCGAAGCCGUGGUGAGGGAGGACAUCCUGCCGCAGCUGGUCCACUCUCUGGCCUCGCAAAACAGGUUCUAUAAGAAGGCAGCAGCGUUUGUUCUGCGUGCUGUUGCAAAACACUCCCCCGAGCUGUCCCAGGCUGUAGUGGCCUGCGGGGGGGUUGAUGCUCUGGUUCUCUGCCUGGAGGAGUUUGAUCCCGGGGUGAAGGAGGCUGCUGCCUGGGCUCUCAACUACAUCGCCCGGCACAACGCACCGUUGUCUCAGUCGGUGGUGGAUGCGGGGGCUGUGCCCCUCCUGGUGCUGUGUCUUCUGGAGCCUGAGAUGGCCCUCAAACGCAUCGCGGCCUCCACCCUCGGUGACAUCUCCAAACACUCCCCGGAGCUGGCUCAGACUGUGGUGGACAACGGAGCCAUCGCACAUCUGGCACAGAUGAUCCUCAGCCCUGACGCCAAACUCAAGAGGCAGGUGUUCUCCGCCCUCAGUCAGAUCAGUAAGCACUCUGUCAGCCUGGCGGAGAUGGUGAUCGAGGCGGAGGUGUUCCCUGCAGCAGUGGCCUGCCUCAAGGACCCCGAUGAGUACGUGAGGAAGAACGUCACCACUCUGAUGAGGGAGGUGGUGAAACACACACCAGAGCUGUCCCAGGUGAUCGUGAACUGUGGAGGCAUGGCAGCUGUGAUCGACUUUCUGGGCGAGUGCAGUGGAAACCUGCGGCUGCCGGGGAUCAUGAUGAUGGGAUAUGUGGCGGCUCACAGCGAGAACCUGGCCAUGGCUGUCAUCCUCUCCAAGGGGGUGCCGCAGCUGGCCCUGUGUAUGUCCGAGGAGCACGAGCAUCACAUCAAGGCGGCCAUAGCCUGGUCCAUCGGACAGAUUGGACACCACACUCCUGAGCACGCCAAGGCGGUGGCCACCUCCAACCUCCUGAGCAAACUGCUUGAGCUGUACAUGGACGCCGGCAGCUCCGAGGACCUGCAGGCCAAAAGUAAGAAGGCUCUGAAGAGCAUUCUGCAGAAGUGCACCUACCUGCCGGGUCUGGAGCCGCUCCUCUACGAUGUUCCCAGCAACAUCCUCAAACACGUGGUCUGCCAGUUCAGCAAGGUGCUGCCUCAUGACAGUAAGGCUCGCCGGCUAUUCGUGACCAGCGGGGGUCUGAAGAAGCUCCAGGAGAUCGAGGCGGAGCCCGGCUCUCCGCUGCAGGAGCACAUCAACGCCAUCAACAGCUGCUUCCCCGAGGAGAUCGUCAGGUACUACUCCCCUGGAUAUUCAGAGGUGUUGCUGGAGCGGUUAGAGAGCUACCAGCCAGCCUGACAUCAGUCCCACAUGUUGAAAUGUUACCAUGAAGAUGUGCCUUUACAGUAAAUAAAAACAUGUUUUAAAGAGCA